AUGCAUCCCAACUUCCUGGUCACACUCACCACCCUUCUAACCCUAACCACCACCACCCUCUCCCUCUCCCCAAACCUCCCUCUCACCUCUUCAGUAACCAAAUUACCCAUCCCCUCCUGGCAUCUCCAAUCCUCCCUGCUAUCCCCAACUAACCUCUCCUACCUCUCCCACCCCUCAACAAACAUCUCCCAUCUGACUCCACCAUGGCACUUCCUCCCCACCUCCCACGCAACCGUCAUGGCUGCUUUCCUCGCAAAUAACAUCUAUAAUACCUCGCACCUGUUCUACACGGAUAACAUGGCCGCGUUAGACGCAAAUGAUACGCUGUUUCGAGCGCCGUGGCUUUAUCGUGCGAGUGUUGAUCUCGAGACACCGCGGGCCGGGGAACACGCGUUCCUUGUUAUUGAUGGCGUCACGUCUAGGGCGGAUGUGUAUUUUAAUGGAAGGAAGGUUGUUGGGAGGGAGGUGUUGAGCGGGUCGUAUGUGGGAGGUAAGUUUGAGGUUACGGGGUUGGUUGGUUUGGGUGAGAAGGGGAAGGGGAAGGGGUAUACGCAUGGGAAAGGAAACGGAAAUGGAAGAGGAAAUGAAGGUGAAAGUGAGAACGUCGUGUUAAUCCAAGUCCAUCCGACGAAUUAUCUGCGUGACUUCGCGCAGGGAUUUGUUGAUUGGAAUCCUUAUCCUGCGGACAAUGGGACUGGGGUAUGGAGGGACGUGGAGGUGAAGAGGACAGGGAAGGUCGUGCUUUCGAAGCCGAGGAUAUUAACUGAUUAUAUGGGAGUGGUGGAGAUGGGGAUGAAGGGGACGAAAGAGGUGAAAGUCACUGUGAAAGCGGAUGUCGAGAAUAUGGAGAAUGGUCCCGUGCGAGGCACGUUGCAGGGGUAUAUUCAAGGGGCGGACGGAGACAGUAUCGCCAGGCUGGAAAGGGGGUUUACUCUUGAGGGACGUCGGAACAGCACAAUCUCUAUAUCUGUUCCUAUCAAAGAUCCUCAACUCUGGUGGCCUGCGGCCUGGGGAGCGCAGCCACUGUAUACGGUGCAUUUGAACGCCUCGGUGGAAGGCGCCGGCGUGUCAGAUGUAGCGGAUUCAGUGCGAUUCGGGAUCAGGGCUGUUUCGUCACAGGUGAACGGCCAUAAUGAUACCGAGUUCAGCGUCAAUGGACAGCCGUUCCGUGUGCGAGGGGCUGGUUAUGCACCGGACUUGUUCCUGCGGUUUGAUGUCGACCGCGUCAGAACCAUGCUUCGGUAUAUGCUGGACAUGGGACUCAACACUGUUCGAUUGGAAGGAAAUCAGGAGCACCCGGCGCUGUAUGACCUGGCUGACGAGAUGGGCCUCAUGGUCCUGGCGGGUUGGGAAUGCUGUGAUAAAUGGGAAGCUUGGGAUUACAACGACGACGCCAAAGGCAUCAAAUGGACCGAGCCCGACUACACAACCGCCUACAACUCCAUGCUCCACGAAGCAGCCAUGAUGCAACCCCAUCCCUCUCUCCUCGGCUUCCUAGUUGGAUCCGAUUACUGGCCCAACGACCGCGCCACGGACCUCUACCUCUCUGCCCUGCAUCGCAUGGACUGGACCAUGCCUGUGAUCGCCUCAGCCUCGAAACGCGGCUACCCCGACGCAUUAGGACCCUCGGGUAUGAAAAUGGACGGCCCCUACGACUGGGUGCCCCCGAACUACUGGACUGGCGACCAAUACGGCGCGGCAUUCGGGUUUGGAUCCGAGCAGGGUUCCGGAGUCGGGACGCCUGAGCUCUCCAGUCUACGGGAAUUCUUAUCGCCUCGUGAUCUGGACAGUUUGUGGAAAGAGCCGAAUAAGAACCAAUACCACAUGUCGCGAUACGACUCAAGUUUCUACAACCGAGGCAUCUACAAUAAAGCCCUGUUUGGACGCUACGGCCAUCCCACCAGUCUAGAAGACUAUGUGAAAAAGGCACAGAUGAUGGAUUACGAGGCCACGCGCGCGGAGUUCGAAGGGUUCGCGAUGCGUCAGAACGCGAGUCGCCCCGCGACCGGCGUGGUGUAUUGGAUGCUGAAUAGCGCGUGGCCGAGUCUUCAUUGGCAGCUUUUUGAUUAUUAUUUGCGUCCGGCGGGGGCGUAUUUUGGGACCAAGGCGGCGGCGAGGUUGGAGCAUGUCGCGUUUGAUUAUACGGAUGGGGGUGUGUAUCUGAUUAAUCAUUUACUUGGGGAGAAGGGAGACAUGACUAGGUCGGUGCAGGUUGAUCUCGUGGGUAGGGAUGGGGGAUAUAUUUGGGGACAGAAUGUGACGACUCAGACGGUGCCGAAUGCAUCGAAGAUGGUGGCGAAGGUGGCUGGGUUGAAGAGUAUACGGGACGUUGCGUUCCUGCGCCUGAUACUGCGCGAUGGAGAUGCUAUACUCAGUCGGAAUGUCUAUUGGCUCUCAGCGAAGAGUGACGAGUUGGACUGGGAUAAGUCAAAUUGGUACACGACGCCGACGAAGCAGUUUGCAGAUUUCUCGGCCUUGGGGCGCAUGCCUACUGCGAAGGUCAAGACGAGCAUUCAGGUACUGAGCGCGAAGAACGGGCGCAACAGGAUCGAAGUGACGAUGACAAACGAAUCCCCUGUUCCAGCUGUCUUCUUGCACCUGGCAGCUCUGGACCCAGCCACAAGGGAGGAAAUAACCCCCGUUUACUGGUCGGAUAAUUAUGUGACGUUGCUUGCGAGGGAGAAAAUCAAGCUAACGGUGGAGGUGAAUAGUACGGAGUGGAUGAUCAUGUUGACUGGAAAUAAUGUGGACAAUCUAGUCUUGGGACACGACUAG